GUACUUCAGGAAGAGAUUCAGAGAUGAGAAGCAGGCCAGCAGGAUCCUUUCCCACGUCAAGACAUCACGAAGCCUCCACAUCAUGUGUCACAUCCCAGUCUUCUGCUGGAUCACUGCUACAGUUUUGGAAAAUGUGCUAAAAACCAGAGAGGGACGUCUGCCCAAGAACCUGACUGAGAUGUACAUCCACUUCCUGGUGGUUCAGGCCAAAGUGAAGAAGCUCAAAUUUGAUGGAGGAGCCCAAAUAGAUUCACACUGGAGUCCAGAGAGCAGGAUUAUGAUUCAGUCUCUGGGAAAAUUGGCUUUUGAUCAUCUGCAGAAAGGAAACUUGAUCUUCUAUGAAUCAGACCUGACAGAGUGUGGCAUCGAUAUCAGUGCAGCCACAGUGUUUGCAGGAGUGUUCACACAGAUCUUUAAAGAGGAGAGAGGACUGUACCAGGACAAGGUGUUCUGCUUCAUCCAUCUGAGUGUUCAGGAGUUUCUGGCUGCUCUUCAUGUCCAUCUGACCUUCAUCAACUCUGGAGUCAAUCUGCUGGAAGAACAACAAACAACCUCUCAGAAGUCUAGAAAUACAGAAUAUUCAGCGACUCACUUCUACCAGAGUGCUGUGGACAAGGCCUUACAGAGUCCAAAUGGGCACCUGGACCUGUUCCUCCGCUUCCUCCUGGGUUUUUCACUGCAGACCAGUCAGACUCUCCUACAGGGUUUGCAGACACAGACAGGAAAUAGUUCACAGACCAAUCAGGAAACAGUCCAGUACAUCAAGAAGAAGCUCAGUGAGAAUCAGUCUGGAGAGAAAAGCAUCAAUCUGUUCCACUGUCUGAAUGAACUGAAUGAUCGUUCUCUAGUGGAGGAGGUCCAGCGAUACAUGUGCUCAGGAAGUUUCUCCAUACGUAAUCUUUCCCCUGCUCAGUGGUCAGCUCUGGUCUUAAUCUUAGUCUCAUCAAAAAAAGAUGUAGAAAUGGUUGACCGGAAGAAAUUCUCUUCAGAUGACGCUCUUCUGGAGCUGCUGCCAGAGGUCAAUGCCUCUAAUAAAUCUCUACUGAGUCUCUGUAACCUGUCAGAGACAAACUGUGAAGCUCUGUCCUCAGUUCUCAGCUCCCAGACCUCCAGUCUCAGAGAGCUGGGCCAGAGUAACAGCAACCUGCAGGAUUCAGGAGAGGAGCCUCUGUCUGAUGGACUGAAGAGUCCACACUGUAAAACUCUCAGAGUGAUGGGCUGUAACCUCUCAGACAGAAGCUGUGAAGCUUUGUCCUCGGUUCUUAGUUCUAAGUCCUCUAGUUUGGGAGAGCUGGACCUGAGUAACUGCAACCUGUCGGAUUCAGGAAUGAAGCUUCUUUGUGAUGGACUAAAGAGUCCAAACUGUAAACUGAAUACUCUUAGGCUGAGUCACUGCAGCCUCUCAGAGAGAGAUUGUGAAGCUCUGUCCUCAGUUCUCAGCUCCCAGUCCUGCAGUCUGAAAGAGCUGGACCUGAGUAACUCUGACCUGAACGACUCAGGAGUGAAGCUUCUGUCUGUUGGAUUAAAGAGUGCAAACUUUAAACUGGAAACUCUCAGUCUGUCAGGUUGUCUGAUCAAGCAGGAAGGCUUUACUUCUCUGGCCUCAGCUCUGAGCGCCAACCCCUCCCAUCUGAGAGAGCUGGACCUGAGCUACAAUCAUCCAGGUGCCUCAGGAAUGAAGCUGCUGUCGGCUGGACUGAAGGAUUCACGGUGGAGACCGGACACUCUCAGGUAUGGAGGGAAUGUCUGAUAGAGGAGGAAGACCUGGAAACAUUUCCUGUAUCCUUCGCUGACUUCCUGUUUGUUUCAUACACGUCACAUGAAAUGAUCCAUAAAGGAUUGAAAUGUAGGAGGUGUUUAGGGAGACCUUCACCAGGAACAUUUUUUUUACAUGUCUCAGUAUAUUUAACAGUGCAGAUUAAGGAAAUAUUUAUCCUAGAACAAAACAACCACUGGAACCAGGGGGAACUGUUGGCCUAGCUUUAUCAAAAGAAUAAAAUCCUUACUCUAUUUUUAGAGAUGUGGUAGAAACUGAAAACUACAAGGAGAUGUUCUCUGUAGACUUAAAGAAAAGCAGCCCUGCAGAAAGGGAUGUAUGUGUUUAUAGUGCUUUUCAUGGACAAAGGUCACAAUGUGAUUUUAAAAGCCAAUACACAAUAUACAUUAAUGGAACUGGAAACUGUCCAAUGUCUUGACACAAAGUGAAUCAUCCAGGUAAGUAAAUCCCCCAAAUUUGAUUAUACUGAUGAAUGGCCAAAGUCUCCAAAGACCCAGGCCCAGACCUCUACAUUGGAGAGACCAAACAGCCACUUCACAAGCGCAUGGCACAACAUAGAAGAGCCACC